CAAAGCCAGUCUGUUCUUACUUAAACAUCGAACACUUCGUGUCCCACCUAGACCUUACCCACCGUCGAUUCCCCUAAACGUGUUCGACAUUUAAUCACACACACUAAGCACACAUAACACCAUCGGAGAAGGACCUUCCAUCAACCCAUAACUAGUCGUAGUAUUAUUUCAUUGAUUCUCUCCCUUCUCUUUCUCUCUGCGACAACAGAUGAUGGAGACGACGGCGAAGCGAAACGCUGUCGUUGCGCCAAUCGCGGCGUUGUUGUUGGUGGUGCUACUCGCGGCGAGUGUGGUGGUGGAGGCUCAGGAGAACUCGGACGUGAAGACGCUGGUGAAGCACAUGCACGGGAAGAAGUACUGUGACAAAGGAUGGGAAUGUAAGGGCUGGUCAAUUUACUGUUGUAACCUCACUAUUACUGAUUAUUUCCAGACCUACCAGUUCGAGAAUCUCUUCUCCAAGCGGAACUCGCCGGUGGCGCACGCCGUCGGAUUUUGGGACUACCACUCGUUCAUCGCCGCUGCCGCGCUUUUCGAGCCGCAAGGGUUCGGCACCACCGGGAACAAGACGAUGCAGAUGAUGGAGAUUGCGGCGUUCCUCGGACACGUCGGCAGCAAGACCUCUUGUGGUUAUGGAGUGGCUACCGGAGGACCUUUGGCCUGGGGUCUUUGUUACAACCAUGAAAUGAGUCCUAUGCAGUCAUACUGUGAUGACUACUUCAAACUCACAUACCCCUGUACACCUGGUGCUGAGUACUAUGGUCGUGGAGCUAUUCCCAUUUUCUGGAACUACAACUAUGGUGCUGUUGGAGAAGCUUUGAAGAUCGACCUACUCAGCCAUCCAGAAUACAUAGAGCAGAAUGCCACCCUUGCUUUCCAGGCUGCUAUUUGGAGAUGGAUGACACCAAUGAAAAAGUCACAGCCCUCUGCGCAUGAUGCCUUUGUCGGCAACUGGAAGCCUAGCAAGAAUGAUACUAUGGAGAAUCGUCUUCCUGGAUUUGGCACUACAAUGAACAUUCUCUAUGGGGAUGGUGUUUGUGGACAAGGUGAUGUGGACUCGAUGAACAAUAUCGUUUCCCAUUACCAGUAUUAUCUUGACCUUCUAGGUGUUGGUCGAGAACAGGCUGGGCCCCAUGAAAUCCUUACAUGCGCUGAGCAGGUUCCUUUCAACCCAUCUUCCAAACCUGCUUCUUCAUCUUAAGAUUAUAUUUAUUAGCAUAUGAUAUUGUUGUACCAAUCCCUUUGAAAGUGAAAGUUAAUAAGGGUUCUUGAAAUUAUUGGUAUGCAAUAAUUUUGAACUGCGUGGUAGUGUGGGAAUUCAUUAUAUAGCUUUUGUUCGUUGUUAUCUAGAAGUUUUAGUCAUUUGUAAUAUCAUAUGUCGUGAAAAAUUUGUAUCUGGUAUAUAUGUACGUUAUGGGCGAUUUUGUUAUUUUUAUAUAUACAUUCCUUGGUUGCAAUGUAAAUUUGAAUAUGGUCAUGUCAAACAAAAUCCAUUUCGAGUCA